AUUUCAUUUUGUUUUCCAUGACAGAAGCAGCAGCAAAAGAAUACGAGCAUUUUCUUAAAGCAAAUCACUAUAUUACUUUAAAAGAAUUUGAAUACAAAACAACGGCUGAUGUCUUUGGUGUGAUUGCACAAGUAGAUCCAGUCAAGCGCUCAAGGAUUGGCAAAAACUUUAGUCUCAAGAUGACCGUGAUGGAUCCUAGCACCCAUGCCAAUCCAUAUACUGUCAUGUUCUUUUAUCCCGAACAAGACGCUUUGCCCAGGGCACAAACAGGCGACAUUAUUUUCAUGCGCCAUAUGAGAAUGGACAAAUUUCAAAAUAAACCUCAAAUCAAAAGCACACAUACAUUGUCAUUCGUCUGCAUUGAUAGCCACACCAAAAAAUCAAAGCUCUCCAAAGACAUCAAGAUCAAAUUCAGUUUGCGGGAAGCCAGUAUUGUGUCACGCUUGCAACGGUGGCAUCAAAAAAUUCAUGCUGCAAAGCCGCCCUCUCCAGCCAGCGUGGGGUUCGGUAGACCGAUAUUGACAACAGAACAGAUUGUAGACAGCCAUGUCAGGUUCUUUGAUUAUGUGGGCAUGGUGGUCUACUGUAUACCAGAAGAAAACACAAGGAUGUCCAAAGCAAAUCUGCUAUUGACAGAUUAUACUGUGAAUACCUUACCUUAUCUUAGAGACAGAGACAAUUCGAUGUUUGGUAUUGAAACCAAUCGACUUCUUCAAUGCACUUUAUGGGAUGAAAAUGCAACUCAUUGUCCUGAGCUUAAGUUAGGUGAUUAUGUCUUUUUAAGAAACUGCACUCGAAAUGAAAAGAACACAAGCGUGCUGGAAAUCUCACUUCGAGGAGACAAAGAGAAAAAAUUUCAGGGCAAGUCCCGAGUGACAUUAAUGAAAGAAGAAGAUCUAGCAUUAAGGGACUUGUUGGAAAGAAAGGCAAAUUAUGUACACUUAGAAGAUAAUACAAGACAAAGAAGUGCAUCAGUGGAAUCCAUGGACUUGGGAUUCAAUGAUCCAUUUCGAACACGUGUCUAUGGUCUUGAUCGUUUUGAAAGUAUUCAAGAGAUUUUGGAUGCUCAAGAGCCAGGAAUUCAUUUGACUAGGGCAGCCAUUACGAAGCUAUAUCCAAAAAACGUUGAAGAAUGGAUUCAAAGUUAUUGUCAAGAUUGUCAAAUCACUGUAAAAGAACCACUUGGCCUAUGUGAAGAAUGCCAUAAGAAAACAAGGGCUAUUUAUCGGUUGGUAAUCAAUCUUGAUGAUGAUAAAAAACGCUUACAUUUGAUUGCAACAGAAGACGCUGCUGAGCAAUUGUUUUCAAGCGUAAGCCCAGAAGCUGCUUUGACAAACAAAGAUCAGUUGGAAAAGCUAAAAGAACUUGUUAAAAAGAUUUUGCCUGAAGAUAAGCAAAUCGGUUAUGACUUUGGUAUAAUGUCUGUUGAUGAGCCCAAUGCAAAAAGAAAAUAUUAUGUUUGCAAUACAGAAUUUAUAGAAAACCAAUAAAAGACUAUAUUUUUUUUUUAAUUAUUGGGCUCAUAAGGCGACUCUUUUCCUUGUGAUACAAAUGAGGACAAAGUUCAUUCAUUAGAAUGCGCACAGUGGCCAAAAAUCUUCUAGAAUUAUAGAAAAAUUAUCUGACAUCAUAAAGCUGAUACAAAUCUAUUCUAUAUGAAUUUA